AUGAAAGAUUACGAGCCGAAAAACAUCUAUAACACCGACGAAACAGGAUUUUACUACAGAGCUCUUCCUGAUGAAACAUUGACGUUCAAGAAAGAUAAUUUGGCUGGUUCAAAAAAGGCAAAGGACAGAGUGACAGUGCUACCGACAGUGAACAUGACCGGAACAGACAAGCGUCAACUGCUGGUAAUCGGGAAAAGUAAAGACCCAAGAUGUUUCUGUGGGAAGAAAAGUAUACCUGUGAUCUACAAGAGCUCCGGAAAUGCCUGGAUGACUGGUGAUUUGUUCAAACAGUGGCUCGCAGAUUUCAACAGAGAUAUGGUGCGACAGAACAGAAAAAUUCUCCUUCUUGUGGACAACUGCUCAACUCACCCUAUAGACACUGCUGACCGACUUACCAACAUCAGACUCGAGUUCCAGCCUGCAAACACAACAUCCAUAAUCCAACCAUGCGAUCAAGCAUGGCGGGGAGUCAAAGAAACUACAGUGGUGAAUUGUUACCGGAAGGCAGGUUUCCAGACCGAAUGCAUAGAAGAAAUGCCAGAAGAAGAACAAACUAUUCCCGAGUGUAUGGAGAGAGAAGAGUUCUUCGACUUUGUUAAUCACGACUACGAUACUGAUUGCCACAGAGAAAUAACAGACGUCAAGAUCUGCGCUCCAUUCUUAGAGGAAGAGACAACAAGAAAGCCGGAAGAAGAAGUAAGCGAUGAAGAAACAAGCUUUACUCUACCAGCGAGUUCAGCAAUUCAGGAGUCCCUCUCCAAUGUUCGACAUUUCUUAGAGGAAAAUGGGUGUGAGGACUUAAGUGCUUUUUACGCACUGGAAGAACUAUGUGAGCAUUUGGGUGAAAAACUGAAGAAACAAACAAAGAUCACAGAGUUCAAAGACCGGAUACCCUAG